GUUCAGUGGAAGAGGAGAGCCUAAGCGGAGAUAAAGGUAAGACGGAAGGUUUGAAGUACGAAGGAGUAACUCUUUCGCCAGCGUAUGGUCCUGGCCACCUCAGCUCGAGACCAGUUCAGAUCAGCGAGUACGGUCGGACGCCGAGAGCGGCCUGAGAGAGUUCGAAGCAGGCUUCAUUCGCCUUCUCGACAAGCUUACCCAUGGCUCAAAUACAAGUCAAUGAAACAGGUACUACCUGUUACAGACCAGGUCUUGCUGGUGGGUGGGACGCUGGGAACAUGAUGUCUCGCAGCGGUCCAUCGGCUAUUCCUAGAACCCUCGUUCUCCUGGCCCCCUUCGCUAAGAAACCAAUCAAAGUCCCCUCGCGGAACACAACAGCUCUAAUGACCCUUCAGAUGCAGUUUCUACGUCACAUGAGGGACUUCUUCAAUCUGAUGUAUAAGAUAGUGGCGAAAGAAGAGGAGAUGAGCCAGACAGAGGGUGAUGGGAGAGAGGAGGAGGAGGAGGAGAAGGAUGAUAGAGAUGAUGAGUACAUUGUUAGACAGCUAGUCACCUUGUCUUGUGUUGGUGUAGGGUUUUCCCAAUGUCAAGACAUCGUACUACAACAAGACGAAAGUUUGAGCCGCCCGAUCUGCCUCCUCCGUUUCAGUGGUGAACAUGAAAUCUGUACCAUUGUGUCUGAUGCUGGUUCUUGCGGAGUCUGCCCUCUCAGAAGUUACGCGGAAACAUCCAGCACGUUAUACGGUACACUGCACGUGGUGAAUGACAACACAACCACUUCCCAACUCUACAAUUACACUGGUGUAACUGGAAACCGCACUACCUCUCCACUGUCCGAACCCUUUCCCCAAGACUGCACCACGUGUCUCCCAGGAUAUCCAACCGAACACUGCGACUAUGAAAAAGGCUACUGCGUCAAGCUGUCAGACGGCAAAUAUGCGAUAGUUGGUAUAAAUGGAUCCUUCCUGUACAACAGUCCACAGCAACUGAACACUCCUUGUACCCCACUGUACCUCCAUAGGCUGGAAGACGAAUCGUACGCAAUCAUCUGUCUCGAAUCUUCCUUUGACAUCCUGCGCUUCAAAGAUGACGGUAACCCCGAACUCGAUGGCCUUUUAAGUUACGUUGGAGCAGGUGGAAUCCUUGUAGAAGUUGUUGGCAAUAAUCGACAAGCUAACCUAUAUCAGGUGGGACUAGAACCUGGCUACAUUGCAACACGUGAGGUUAAACAGGACUUAGAUGGUUGGAUUUUUAUCCCCGAGAGCUGCGUAGCAGACUCGGUCUCGUUUCGCCCAACUUUCUCUCUGACAGGACUCUUCUUUCUUCAGUGCACAACAAACAGCAACGACCAAGCUUAUUUCUCGUGCUCGGUGACAAGCCACAAUUUCCAGAGGCUUGAUCUGUGUGCCAACCCUCUCCCUUCUCCCCCUGAUUCUACUGGUGGCGAUACGUUUACCACAGCAUGUGGUGACAUCCUCACAGUCUACAACACUAUCGACGUUUCUCAAAACCGCUCUCUAUCGUUUGACGGCAGUAUUGCCUCGGAGUCCACUUUGGAUAGAAACACCCGGCUAAUCCACGCAGGGAAUUCGCAACAUCUAGUUAGUUUGGAUAUGUUGUUGAAGGACAACGGCUCAAGUGCGGCAGUGACGUUAGAAAGCACUCCCAACUGCUCGAUUAGUAAGCUCAUAGCUCCAGACGUAUAUGCCACGGCCUGCCAGAGCAACUCAUUCUAUGUCAUAAGAUUGGACAAUGUAUCCAGUGGGCAACAUUUAGGAUCGAUGCAGGGUCUAACAGAAGAGUCACGUGACAUUUUGUUUGAGGCACAGGAAGCACCAACUUCCCCUCCACCAGAAAUCGCCGUAACAACUCGCUACACCUCUCCCACCCCAACCACCACUUCGACUGUUGCAACCGAUAUCGAUACUACCUCCACCACCACGGAACAGAAAUCAUCACCAACCAACCCACCAAACCACUAGAAGGAAAACUUCCGUGUCAACUGAAGCGUACGCUAUUGCAGCGGUGGUGGUAGUGAUAGCAGUUACAGUCAUCAUAGUAGUAUUGGUUUUUAUCUUCAAGUGCCGGGCAAAUAAGAGGUCGCAGUUUUCUACCUUUGCAUUACGAUGCAGGAGAAGGCAUCCAACCGAGGAAGCAAAUAUAGAAAACUCAAGCAGAAUCAUCGCAGUUCGUAACCCCACUGACCCACAAUCGAGCUUAGCCUCGUCACAGUCGAGUAGCGCAAGUUCAGUAACGACUGUUGCGAUACCAGAGAGUGGUUCACAGUCACGGACAUGGACAUAACAGACUGCUGUAUAUACCUGCAUGCAUGUAUGUGUGGUUUAUGAGUGUGUUAGGACUAGCACACUGCCACAAUGUUGUGUAUAUUUUUUUUAUGUACCUGCAUGUAUGUGUGGUUUAUGAGUGUGUUAGGACUAGCACACUGCCACAAUGUGUGCAUACUUUUUGCCUGUUUGUCAUUCACCUUUAUCAUUUCCUGGCCCUGUCAUCUCAUUGUCAUACUUCAUGGCUGUAACAUGCCCUAAAUGUCACAUGGUAUGCUCAUGUAUAAUAGCUUAUGGCCCUGUGUAUGACCUAACGUUUAUUUCAGUCCAUGGCCAAUGUAUGACUGGUAAUGUGUAUGUUAUUUCACCUCUUACUAACUUCUUCACGUGUUAUCAACAUUCUGAAAAACGA